AUGGUCAAUAGUCAGGUCAUUGACGAUGAAGCCCCUGCGCUGCGGAGAGAGAAUCGUGGGCGCUUUGAGACAAGGUACCUACCUGUACUUUCAUUGAUAUAUGCGGUUCUUGGCGCGAUCGCGAUCUUGACUGGAUUCAUAUCGGCCCUUGUCUGGGUGCCUCAAUUUUACGCAUGGUAUAAUCAUUCUCCUCUUAGCUUAGGGUCUUCAUGGAAAGAAAGCCAUCCAAGCAUCUACGAUUCUCUGAGCCUUGGCCGAAGCAAUGGCGAGCGACAGAUACGCCUGCUACGUCUUGAUUCUCAUCACAGUCCAAUCAGUGCCCAGUAUGAGUGUGCAAUGGAGGUUGUCUCCUUAGAAGACAACCCAAGGUAUCUAGCUCUAUCACACACGUGGGGUAAUGGUCAAUUCUCAGAGUCAGUAGUCAUCAAUGGCCUUGAAGUACCAGUGACAUUUAAUGUUAAGACGGCUUUGAUGCAGUGGAGCUUACACUACCGACUCAGCAAUGUAACCCACUAUGCGGAAGCUCACAAGCUGCCCCAAAACAUGCCCUAUUACCUCUGGGUUGACGCAAUAUGUAUCAAUCAACACGACGAGAUGGAAAAAGCGUCGCAGAUCCAGUUGAUGAGUGAAAUCUACACUCGAGCGAAUGCGACCGUUGCAUGGCUUGGACCAACCAGCUCGCAAGGAGAUGCAGCUUUUACAUCCUUCGCGAAAAUCAGACAUUUUGGGGCUGCAUUAGCCGAGUACACUCGCCCGUCUAUAGAUCCGCUGAAUUUGUUUGCUCUACGAAGAGAUCUUGCGCCACAAUGCAUCCGAUACUCUAACUACGCAGACAACGUCUCGGUAGGGUUAAAUACCACCUUUGACUUACCGAUCCAGCCAUUGACCGCUAUCUUCGAGGACAGUUGGUGGCGACGCGUAUGGACAUGGCAGGAAGCCGCCCUGGCCAAUCGGAUACUAAUAUCUUGGGGUCUAAAUACAAUCGAUUAUCAGGAUUUAGAACAUCUUGCCUUGGUGCUCGUAGUUAAAUGGAAAGACAUCAAAGACGCGGGGAAAGAUAGUGAGCUUGAAUCUAGUAUGUGGUAUCUUUUUGGCAAAAUAUCAAACUUUUCUAGCGAACUAGAGUGGAGGCGGAGGAAUACGGGAUUACACAGUUUGCUGGAAUCUCUAAGCAAAAUCAGAAGAACCAGAAGACAGUGCUCAGAUCCUCGAGAUCAUUUCUUCGGCUUGCUCGGCAUGGUUGAUCCCGAUAGUCCUGAGAUGCAAGAGCUACGUGAUAUCCGAUACAGCGAUGGAUGGGUUUCGAUCUUCAUACGUGUAACGCAAGCCUUGAUAAGAGUCUACGGCAUUGAUAUGUUGGCUUUCAGCUUCUCGGCGAAGCGGGGAUUCGACAGUACGGCCCAGGAGCUCCUAGAUGGCCCCAGAGAUCUCCCAUCUUGGGUACCGGAUCCUCGGACUCCACAAUACGUCGAACUUCAGGAUCCAAUUUAA